AUGCUGACACCCCUCAUUGUUGGGAUCUUUUUCGGUGUUGAAACCCUCUCUGGCGUCCUUGCUGGAUCCCUUGUGUCUGGAGUCCAGAUUGCCAUCUCUGCCUCCAACACUGGCGGUGCAUGGGGUAAUGCCAAGAAAUUAUAUCGAGAGCAUGCAAGAUCUCUUGGCCCUAAAGGAUCAGAUCCAUACAAGGCAGCAGUUAUUGGUGACACCAUUGGGGACCCAUUGAAGGAUACAUCCAGAUCAUCACUCAACAUCCUCAUCAAACUGAUGGCCGUUGGAUCACUCGUCUUUGCUUCAUUCUUUGCCACACACGGAGGCCUGCUCUUCAAGAUAUUCUGA